AGUCACAUUAUUCAUUAUUAUCAUAUUAUCAUAUUAUUAUUAUAUUAUUAUGUUUAUUGUGGAUAUUUUGUUAAAAUUUUCCCCAUCCCGGGGUACCAUCUUCCAUCCUCAAACCAGUUUAGAAUUUUUAAAUAUUUUAAAUAAUUUUAAAUUGUUAAUUUGUUGAUUUGUAAAAUAUGUUAAAUAAUUAAUAAUUAUUUUAUAGAAUGAGUAAAAAUCCAAUCAUAACCCAAACAAUUCUCAACUUGCGUGAGUUGGGAUUUGUUGAGGGUAAUUUUAAGUUUGAUGUUUUAUCACUUGAGGGUGACCGUUACGUAAGUAUAAAGGAGCAGGACGGCGAUAACUUAACCGUCGCCAUCAUUGACAUGUAUAAUAACAACACCGUCACUCGGAAACCCAUGAAAGCUGAAGCCGCCAUCAUGAAUCCCACACAACCCAUUAUCGCUCUCAGAGCCAAACUCGAUAAUUCCUACUCUGUACAAGUGUUCAACUUGGAGAACAAGGAGAAAUUGGGCUAUCACCAGUUUGACCAAAAAAUCAUUUACUGGAAAUGGCUAUCCACCUCUGAACUUGUAAUUAUUACUGAGACCCACGUGUACCACUGGCCCGUAGGCUCAACUCCCAAACUUAUCUUCGAACUUACCGGGAAAUUACUGGACACCAGUACUAAGAUUGUUGGGUACUCUACCGAUUCCACUGGUAAGUGGUGCCUGGUAUUUGGCAUAUAUUCCAAUGACCAAGGUGUCAGUAUUGACGGGAUAAUACAAUUAUACUCUGUAGACAAGAGACAGCAGCAGUUAUUUGAAGGCUACGCCGGCACUUUCGGACAACUCCGAACCUCCAACCAGACACUCAAAAAAACAAACCUACUCAUCUUCUGCGAACAUAAAAAAAACACACACAACAUCAAACUACACCUAAUGGACAUUGGCACUCUUUCAAACACAAACAAUUCAGGUAGUGGUAACACAGGUAAUCCUGUGAGUGGUAACACUGUGGAGAUAUUGAAGAUAAACAGUUUGAUGGAGCGGAAUGAGGAGUAUCCGAAUGAUUUCCCGAUAUCAAUUCAUGUGCUGGACUCCAACGGGUUAAUCCUAAUCCUCACCAAAAACGGUUUCGCACACUUUUACUACUCCACCACUCUCACACUUCUCUUCACUUCCAGAAUUAGUUCAAUGCCAUUGUUUGUGAGUUGUAAUAAGAGGUUGGAUGGUAGGAGUAUUGGUGCAUUGGCUGUGAACAGGGCUGGUGAGGUCAUUAGUAUAAUUGUUGACGAGGAUAACUUACUGUCAUCACUCAGCAAUUUGGGGCUGGCCAAUUUAAAGGAAGUUUCAGUUGGGAUUGCAACUUGUUAUGGUCUUAAAGGUUCUGACGAUUUGCUAUUAGAGUCGUUUGAAAGUUUUUUCAAUAAUGAACAGUACAGACAAGCUGCACAAAUUGUUGCUACCCUCAAGUCCAACCAACUCAGGACUCUAGACACCAUUCAAAGAUUUAAAAAUAAAACCACAGAAACGGGUAAUGCGUUGAGUCACUAUUUUAGUGUGUUGUUGGAGUCUGGUAGGCUGAAUGAGAUUGAGAGUAUAGAGCUGGUAAAGCCUGUGAUUCUCCAGAACCGUAAGGAGCUGUUAAAAAAAUGGCUUGAAAAUGAUAAAUUAACGGAAUCCGAACCGCUUGCUGACUUACUCGCACAAACUGAUCCCUCACUAGCGUUUCAAUUGUACACCAAACUUAACCUACACCACAAAGCCAUCAACUCCUUAAUCCAAACCAAUCAAAUACAUAACAUUAUUCCAUACAUAACCAAGAUUAUUUCUGUUAACAAUGAGUUCAAGGGUGAGUUCAGGGGUGAUCUCAGGGAUGACCUAAAGGGUGACAAAAUUGUAUUGAAUAAUUUGAAUAUCAAUCACAUUGUGGAAUCUGUAGCCACAAAACAACCGAAUUCUCUAGUCUCCUUUGUCAACUCUUUAAUAUCACACAAGCCUGGCCCGCUCUGUGAUGUCACAGAAAUCACAGAGUUGCUCAUCAGACUCAAUAAACUUAAGGAGUUGAAUGAAAUAUUGUUGGACUAUUUGAAGAGUAAUAAGAAGGAGCACGGGGAACUGCAGACGAGAUUAUUAGAGGUUAACUUGAAGAACGACGUCCGAAUUGCUGAGACUAUACUACAACUUGACAUUCUCACACAGUUCAAUAAAGACCACAUCUCCAAUCUUUGCGAACAGUUUGAACUCUACGAAUAUUCUCUCAAGUUCUAUACUAAGCUACAAGAUAUUAAGCGUGUGGUACUCAAGGGAAUAAAUGUGUUGAGUAGGACGACACUGAAUAAAACUUUGUUAGCCAUGGGAGAGGAGGAUGUGUUGGAAUUGCUGAGGGCGAUGUUGGAGAAUGUGCAGUCGGAGCUGGUGGUGAGUAGUUGUCUGGCCUUGUACGGGAAAAUCGAUGCCAUGAAGUUGUACCAGCUACUGCAGGAUAAUCCCAUUGCUUACCAGUUUCUCAAGUCACUGCCAAUAAUACAUUCCAAUACAGUUGACAAGGACAGUAACGAGUUGGUAUUGCGUUACAUAAGUUUAUGUAUUUCUAAGGAUGAGAUUACGGAGUUGGAACGUCUCCUCUUACAGAACAACAACUUCAACCUCUCCCAAGCUAAAGAAUUAAUUAAGUCAUCACGUCUGGCAAAUCCCAAACCCUUGAUGAUCAUUUGUAACCGAAUGGGCUUGGUGAGAGAACUGGUGGAACACCUCUAUAACAACGAGUUACGUGAAUACAUUGACGUGUUUGUGAAUAGUAUUAACCCCGCAGCUGUUUCUGAAGUUAUCGCCACACUGUUGGAUCUGUCCGCCUCAGAACAACUGAUCAACAAAGUGUUAGCCACAGUCAGAGAUCCGCUCCUAAUCAAAUCUAUUAUUAACAUUAGUGAAGAGAGACACCAGCUGAUGAUGCUGAAGUCAUUUCUAGAGUCAAGAGUGAGGGAAGGAUAUAAGGAAGAAGAGCUCCACACCGCACUCAUGAAGAUUUACAUCACCACAUCACAAAACCCCGAACAACAUCUCACUGACAAUAAUUAUUAUAAUAAGGUUGUAAUAGCCCAGUAUUGUGAGGAGAUUGAUGUGCAGUUGAGUAUUCUUGUGUAUACGGUUGGUGGGUUGGAUGAGCAGAUGAUUGAUCUCUGCCUAAGACAUCAGUUACACAAACAACUUAACCAAUUUCUGCUAAAAAAGUCAAAUCUCAAACUCUAUCAAUUCUUCCUACAACAUUCAAAUGUGUUUGAGGAUCUGAUUUCGAUGUGUAUUGAGAAUUGUAACAGUAACGAGAUCAGCGUGCUGAUCAAAUUCCUCUUAUCAGAAAACUUGAAUAAUUAUCUCAUCACACUUUUGGAGGGUUUACUACUGAAUCAGACAGAAUUCUCCAACAAUAGUAACUUGCAAAAUCUCCUCCUCGCCACUACAAUUAAGACUAAUCCCUCUAAACUCUCUGAUUACUUGAGUAAAUUGAACAAUUAUGAAGUGAACUCACUGGCUAAAUUAGCCAAUGAGCUACAUCUACACCACUGCGCAUACGAACUCUACAACAAAGUUAACAAACACACCGAAGCCUUCAACGAACUACAGUUACUACUGAAUACUCUAGGUGAUAGUGUAAAUAAUGUACACACUGGUGACAGUGUAAAUAGUGUUGACACAGUGGACAAUGUGUUAGAGGAGAUGUAUUCUUACGUUCUAAGGGUGGACAAGGAGUUGCUAUGGUUUAAGCUGGGAAAAAUAUACUUGGACCAUGACAAAUUACAGGAAAGUAUCAAGUGUUACCUCAGGAGCAACAACUUCCAACACCACCAGGAGAUUAAACAGAAGCUAACUCAGGCUUCAGAGGAUGAUUUACUGCUCCACUGGCUGACGGAAAGCACAAAGAUAAAACAGUUACCAGAACUUGUGAAUGAUUUGUUAAUACAGUUGGCCAAGUUGGGCCGUGCUAAGGAAUUUACAGAGACUCUAAACAACACCAACACUGAUCUAAAUCUCGUGGGCACAGAACUGAUUAAACUGAAUCUCUAUGCGGAAGCGGUUGAAAUCUACUCGAAAAUGAAUAAUUAUAACAAGCUGGCAGUUUGCUACGUACAGCUGAGUAAAUACACCGAAGCGUCCGAAGCCGCACUCAAGUCCAAAAACCCCAAAAUACUCAAACAAACUUUCGAUACACUUCUCUCACAUCUCACACAAACUGAUAGUACGGAAUCUGUUGAUUUGACUGCCCGUCAGAUGUUGAACAGGUUGGGCAGUGAGUUGUUGAAUUAUCCCGAGUUCUUAGUGAGUAUCGUGAGUAGUUACGAGAGCAUGGGCUUCUUUGACGACUUAAUUGAGUUACUGAGGAACACCACCAAGACCGUAGCCACCUCUACAGAGUUGGCAAUUUGCAUCGCCAAAUAUCACCCAGAGCUCCUAAUGGAGCAUUUAAGGAACGUGGCCUUUGAAUCUAACUCACUUAACAUCUCCAAAACUGCCAGAGAAUGCAGUAACCUAUGGCUCUGGAAAGAGGCUGUGUUCCUCUACACCAUAGAUGACUCAGACAAGGCAAUCCUCUCCAUGACGUUGCAUCCAGAGUGUUUUGAACAGGACCUCUUCUUCCGCACACUGAACAAUGUUAGCAAUACGGAAGUCAUUUACAAGGCUUUGUACUUUUGUAUUCAGCAGUACCCGACACUCGUGCCCAAACUCUUACUCUGUGUCCGGAGCAAACUUGACACCGGGCGUGUCAUUAAAAUACUUAAAAAUAACAACUGCAUACAGUUGGCCAAGGAGUAUUUUCAACAAUAUUCCGAUAGAAAUUCCCAAUUAGUUAACGACACACUCUACGAACUCCUGGUGGAAGAGUGUGACUUUGAGCAGUUGGAGCACGAUGUAACAAAGUAUAUCAACUUUGACUAUGUGAAGUUGUGUGCGCUGUUGGAGGAACACCCGCUCUCACGGAUGCGCGACGUAGCAGCAAAAAUAUACCUGAGACACAACCACUACUCCAAGGCCUCGGUAAUCUACAUGAAGAAUAAUAAUUACAUAAAGGCCAUAGACUGCGCGAGGUAUUCAAAGUCAGUCCAGCUCGUCCACGACACCGUGAGUAACCUGCUGCUCAGGGGCGAGAUGAACCACUUGCUCGUGGCACUGGUGGUUAAUUUUCACCUGCUGGACCUCCCAGAAGUGCUGGAAAUGCUGUGGCUAAACGAUGUUAAUAUGGAUUUAAUAAUCCCACUGAUAAUACACUCCCAGAGAUUCAUCACCCACAAGAAACCACUUCACCUCAAUAAUUGGUAAUAAUAUCAUAUCAUAUUUUAUACAUAGUAUUGUACAUGGUAUAGUGGUAUAGUAAGGGUUUGGUGUCUGGGUUU